AUGGGAAAGGCGGCGGCGGCGGCGGCGGCGGACGGAGGCCGGUGCAGGCGCCACCCGGAGCACAGGCAGUCGGUCGGAGUCUGCCCCUUCUGCCUCACGGAGAAGCUGCAGCGCCACCUCUCUCAUCGCUCGUCCACCGCCACCUCCUCUUGCGCAGUCGCCGGCGCUCUAUCUUUCUAUUCGUCCGCGUAUUCCUCCGACGAUGACUCCGACGACGCGUCUUCCUCUGUUUCAUACGAGGACGCUGCGACGAGGCCGCGGGGAUCCGGCGGCCGGCAGCUGAUGAAGAGUUGGUCGUUGGCCUUCGUGGCCAGAGGCCGUCGGAAGGAGCGGGUGAAGAAAGAGGAGAAGGGGAAGAAGGAGAGGUUUUGGAGGAAGCUGUUCAGUAGCUCGAUUGUGAGGAAGAAGAAGAAGAAAGAGGAGCGCUUCGAUUUGAUGCAUUCUCAGACCUACAAGGAGAAGUCUUCUGCAAAGUGGAUCUAUUAG